AUAGUUCGAAAUCUGCCAUGGCGAAAAGCAUUAGAUCUGUUUUAUCGCCACUUCUGUUAAUCAGUUCGAUGUGCGGUUUGAGGAUUAUCGAGUUUUCCGCGGGACAUCCAAAACUUUGGUUCAGUCUCCUUUACAUUCCGCUACUGUGGUCGGUUUACUGUUUUCUCGUGAUAGAUAAAGGAAUAUCUUAUAUACCUGAGGAAUCCGCCGAUUAUAUUAUUUAUGUUUCAUUGAAUAUUUUUACAGUUUUAUUAUCAAUACUUCUCGGAAUAUAUCAUGAUAAGAAAUUUAGAAACUGCCUAAAAAAACUCGCUGUUGUGGAUGACACAUUGAAGAAACUCGGAUCAAAAACGGAUUACGAGAAAUUAACUAGAAGAACAGUGUGGAUUAUCUUAGGGUGGUUUGUAAUAGUUUUAUUAUUAAACUUUUGCGAUUAUAUACGGUGGUACGAUAUGCAUGACGCUCUAUCGUCCAUCUGUGCAACACUUAUACUAAACUAUUGUUCUGAUAUCAACAUUAUUGACGACUUGAUUUUUGCGAGUAUUCUUGGAUACUUAGGAUUGAAAUUUGAUCAAGUCAACGAACAUCUUUACAAAUUGACAACAGAGAAUAUACGUGGGAUAAAGGUUUGGGAAAAUCCUGUAUUACAUUCUCAACAAGCCAAACUCUCAAAUGUUCCGAGCAGUAAACAUAUAACAUGGAUCGUAAUACAUCUUCAUCUGGAGUUACAGAAAUUAUCUCACGAGAUAAACUCGAUAUUCGAAAUACAAAUGACCUGGAAGAUGGUAUGUUAUUUCGGUUUUAUAGCGGAGUUUCACCGUGAACUUUACACCGCGAUAUUCGUCAGGAAUUAUGUCCCUAAUAAAAGAAUAUUAUUCGUCAUUAUAAUCAUAUUAUGGCUUACUUGGUAUAUCUCCAGAGUUAUCCUGAUCAAUUAUAUGUGCGAGAAAGUUAGUGCAAAGGCAAACACAACAGGCAAAGUUAUAAGUAAAAUACUGUAUUUCUCUUACGAUGAGGAAAUACGUGAAAAUAUUUUACAAUUUUUAUUGCAAGUAACACAAGCGCCACUCAGGUUUUGCGGGCUUAGAUUUUUCCAAUUUGGAUAUAAAUUCCUUUACAGGUACUCCGAAUCUAUUCUGACACUUGCAAUUAUAUUAAUACAAGCAGACAGGUUCAAGCAUGCAUUAAAAAAUUAUAGCUAAAUGCGAUAUGCAAACAAUUUUCAAUAAGCAAUUAAUAUUCUUUUCUAGAAACU